AUGCCUGGGGAUGAUUCUGCUAUUACUUCCCCUGGUACUACCCCGGUUAGCAAGAUAGAUGCUGGUGACCCCUUGUUUUUACACCCUAGUGACUCUGCUAAUUUAUCUAUAGUGAGUGUUAAACUCAAAGGGGCAGAAAAUUAUAGGAUCUGGUCUAAUGCUAUGUACCUGGCCUUACAAGUUAAAAAUAAGAUAGGUUUUGUUGAUGGCUCUUGCUCUAGGUCUGAAACUGAUGAGGUCUUGGGUAGACAAUGGGAUAGAUGCAACUCUAUUGUGCUUACAUGGAUUCUUAAUUCUAUAUCUGAAGAAUUGUAUCUUGGCUUAGUUUAUUCUAAAAUUGCAUCUGAGAUCAAUUCCUUUAGUCAAAAUGGUAUGCCUGUCUCUGAAUAUUACCAUAAGUUGAAUUGCAUGUGGAAACAAUUAGAUCAACUUCUUGCUUUACCUGCCUGCUCUUGUGAUACAUCUAAACAGUUUAAUGACUUUAAUCAUCUUAUAAAACUGAUGCAAUUCUUGAUGGGUCUUGACAGUUCAUAUCAAUCUGUUAGAACCAAUUUAUUAACUCGUGAAACUCUUCCUACUGUUAAAGAUGCUUUUGCGAUUAUCUCUAGAGAAGAGUCUCGUUUAUACUCAAAAAAUUUUUCUGAUAAAACCCCUAAUGGUGCUGUUGGCUUUGCUGCCAGGGCAAAUCAAAGUGUUGAUUUAAAGAAAAAAGGGGUAAAAACUCUUAAUUCUAAUCUCAAAUGUUCUCACUGUAAUAAAACUGGUCAUGCAAUUGAAAAAUGCUUUGAACUCGUUGGAUAUCCAUCUUGGAUGAAAUCUAAAACAAGUGGGAACAAGGGUAACAGGGUAAGUAAUAAUGUCACUACUGAUACUACUGAUUCAUCUCCUGUUAUGAGUUCUUUGACCAGUGACCAGGUUACUCAAUUGCUUAGCCUCUUGAAUGAUAAACCUAAGAGUGAUGCACAAAAUAGUAAUUUUGUUGGUAUGUGUGCAAAUUCUAUCUGUCUUAAUAGCUUUAUCACAUCUGAACCUAAUUAUGAUCUUAAACCUAUCUAUUGUUUUUCAAACUUUAUUGAUGAUGGGAAAAAGGUUGGGUGGAUAAUUGACUCUGGUGCAAAUCAGCAUAUGGUUACGACUGAGGAUUGCCUUAUAAACCAAAAGGAUGUUACUGAAUUUAAUAUAAAAGUUAAACAUCCUAAUGGCACAAGUGCUGUAGUAACAAAAAUUGAUUGUAAGCUUACUGUUUCCUUUGAUGAACACAACUGUUAUAUACAGGAUUCUCAUCUAAAGAAAGUCCUGGUGACUGGUAAUCAGUUUGAUUGUCUUUACUUCUGUGGUAGUUCCUUUGUUUCAAAAAAGGGGAACUGGUUCAUCUUAGACGUUUGGGGUCCCUACAAAGUUCCAAGUAGGGACGGUUUUAGAUAUUUUCUUACUGUUGUGGAUGACUUUACUAGGGCUGUGUGGGUAUACCUUAUGAAGUCUAAAGAGGAAGUAUUUUGUCAUAUUAAAGGUUUUUUCAAUAUGUUAAAAACCCAGUUUAGUAAAUCAAUUAAAGUAUUCAGGAGUGACAAUGGAACUGAAUUCAUUAAUAAACAAAUGAAUAACUUUUGCUAUGAAAAUGGUAUUCUUCAUCAGACUUCAUGUGUUCAUACCCCACAGCAAAAUGAGGUCGUUGAAAGAAAACAUAGACAUCUCUUGAAUGUUGCUAGAUCCUUGCUUUUUCAAGGAGGUUUUCCUCUUAGAUUUUGGUCUGAAUGUGUCCUAACUGCUACUUAUCUGAUUAACAGGACCCCUUCAUCUGUUUUAAAUGGGAAGUCUCCGAAUGAUCUAGUGUUUGGUUAUGCCCCUGUUUUAAAUCAACUUAGGGUGGUAGGGUGGCUUUGCUUUAGCACUGUGUUAAAUAACUCUGAUAAAUUUAACAUACAUGCUGAAAAAUGUGUUAUGAUUGGAUACUCAAAUGAGAAAAAGGGGUAUAAGCUUUGGAGUCUUGAUCAAAAAAUGACGUUUUAUUCUAGGGAUGUUAGGUUCUAUGAAACCGUUUUUCCUUUUAAAGAAAAGAAAAUAUCUGUUGAUCAUGAUACCUUUUCUGAAGCCGAUACCCUAAACUUUUUUGACAUAUUCGAUUUAAACUACACCCAAAACCCUGAUGUUGACCAACCUCUCAAUGAUGAAAAUACACAAACUAGCACCUCUUUAGGACAUGGGUCUGAGUAG